AUGGCCGAGUCGAUGUCACCAAACCACCACCCAGGCGAGAAGUUUGUCACUGCGUACGGGAAAUGGGCUGACGGCGGCUGGGGAAUGAUAUUGACAGGGAAGGAAAAGUACAUCUUUCAGCCUUUCAAAGCUAAUGGAAGCUCAGGGAACGUACAAGUAUCCGAUGUGUACCUUGGAGCGCCAGAAGACGUGGCAGUUUCAUCCAAGGUGCCGUCUCGACACGCCGAAGCCGUCCAGGAAGCUUGGAAAGACUGGGCCAAAGCUUGCCAACGGCACGGAACGCCGACGAUUGUUCAGCUCUGCCAUCCAGGACGCCAAUCGCCCCUAGGAGCCGGCAAUCGUUCCUUUUUCGCAAAGACAGUUGCUCCGUCGGCGGUAAAGAUGGACUUUGGCCCCAGCUUGAUCGAGAGACUUGCCGUCUCUCUGAUAUUCGGGACUCCCAGGGAGUUGACAGCCCAAGAAAUAUCCGGAGAGUGUGGGAUCGUCGAUCAGUUCGUGGCGGCAGCAAGACAGUCAUUCGAAGCCGGGUUCAAAGGCGUGCAGCUGCACGGAGCGCACGGGUAUUUGCUUGCCCAGUUCCUGUCGCCCGAGUCCAACCGUCGCACGGACGACUUCGGCGGCACACCCCAAAAGCGAGCGGAGAUCGUCCUCCGCAUCAUUCGGGCUAUCAGACAGGCGACAAACAAGGAAUUCUGCAUCGGCAUCAAACUGAACAGCGUCGACGCGGCUUCAUCCGAGUCUGUCUCUGAUGUGAUUGACCAAAUCCGCCUGAUAGUCGAGUGCGGGAUUGAUUUCGUCGAGAUCUCGGGCGGCACGUACGAGAAGCCUCGAAUGCUGGCCGAACCUACAGCAGCCACAACGCCUUCCUCCAAGAACGCCGAGAAAACCGCCGCGAGGGAGAGCUUCUUCUUGGAAUUUGCCAAAACGGUGCGGCAAGCUUUUCCCCAGCUGGUCCUCAUGGUGACGGGAGGGUUCAGGACGCGGCUCGGCAUGGAAGCCGCCCUGGAGUCGCGCGGGUGUGACUUGAUAGGCAUCGCCCGACCGGCAGCCAUUCUCCCCAGCUUGCCAAAGGAUAUCAUCUUCAACACGGAGGGCGUCCCCGACGAGGAGGCGCAGGUGUCGUUGGCCCCGCUGCGUCUGCCCUGGCUGUUCCGUCAUCUUCCCGUCAAGCAAGUCGGAGCGGGCUUCCAGACCAAAUAUUACGCUUCCCAGAUCCAGAGAAUGGGAGCAGGGUUAGUACCGAUAGAUACGAGGUUGACGGUCUCCAAGACCGGAUGA